GCUUCUUUAAAAGUUACACACUUUAUCAGUCACGACAUAUUUUAUUCACUUUCUCUCCAUGGUCCUCAAUUGGGCUCGUUUCAGGCAGGUGCUGGAAACGGCUCCUGAGAGACGAUUGGACUCUGUAAUGGACAAUAUAGAGUUUCUAAAGGAUUUUAUGUUUCAGCUUUCGCAAGAAUUGAAGCAGAUCCCUACUGCUAUAGAAUGUGCAAAACGAUAUCCGGCUAUAGGCUCACUGUUGACUUUAGCAUCUACACAUCCUUAUAUUGGUUAUUCAACCUCAAUGGCGAAUUUAUUGCUUACGUGCUUGAUGGAAUAUAGCAAAUUGAACCUAGAAGAUAUAGAUUCAACAUCAUUACCAACAUUAGAAAAAUCAGCGCUAUGGUGUAUCAUUCGUCUGCGCCGUUUGAUACUCGUCAGUCAAACAGAUGAAUUCAAUACAAAUGACAAAGAUAGCCUCAUGGGUCAAGUAAUGGAUCUGAUAGUAUCCAAAGGACGUCAGAUCAGUGCAGAAACCGUGGCUCGUUUCACAGAUUAUUGUAUAGCACUCGCUCACGACAAGGAUUGUUCAAUAGUGAUAGAACAGAUUGUUCAGCAUGCAUUAAGUGAUGAAGAGCCGGAUUCAGCUCAUUUUCAUAAAGAGAUACGGCUAUCUGAACGGUUCAUACAACAUUUAUGCAAAGAAUCAUCGGCUUUGAGAGGUCAUUAUCAACAUUGGCCUGAUGAGCUGAAAAUUAGGCUGCUCUUGCAAGUAGAUGACUUUUUAGAUAUGGAAAUACUACAGUUAAUAGAAUCAUUUACGCAAUCAUCUCAGUAUAUAGAUCCAAAUGCAUUAAGCGAAGCAUUAUUGAAGAAAGAACUCGUGCAUCUUUCAAGUCGAUCUACUUGUCUCUCAAACAAACUGGCUCUCAAACUGUCAGAAUACGUUGAAUUAUUUCAUGACUGGCGAGUCUCUCGAUUAGCGCAGUAUCUUUACCCAUGCUUAGGAAUAGAACUUUAUCAGCAGUUAAAUAGCGCGUUUUCUGAGGGCAUUUAUCCAGCAAAGGUAGUUCGACAUGUGCAUGAUUUAUUAUUAGACCAUAUUUACAGUGGUCCUGCGCAAGGGAUCCCUCAAAGACGCACGAUGGCCUGGUGUUUAUCAACCUGUUUUAUCCAAUUCCUAUGGCAUUGUAUCCAUGAUCUUGUUCAUUUUAUUCAUGAUAAAGAUGCCCCUUGGACUAGAGAGUUGGAUGAUACUCUGAACUAUAUCAACUGGAUAAUAUACCCGUCGAUAGAUCAUCGACAACAUGAGUCACAAAGAGACUUGCAAAACUGGUUUCAAUCACGUCAAGGAUCAAACGAAUCGCAGGAAACAUGGUUCCCGGCUAUCCUGUUGAACAGUCAUGGAGCGGUCGCAGCUUGCUUUAUUACCGCAGCUCUAUUUUCAGAUCGUGUACAAAUGCGUCAGGUGAAAUCGAUGCUGAGUAGUAUUUUUACAUUAUCCCAGCAUGAUGGUAAGCAUGGUGAUGGUAGCUAUGGUGAUAAUAGUAAUAGAGUCAAUCAAACGACUGAUCUAGGCUCUGUUUACCUGUUUCUAGAUUGCUUACAUGACAUGCAACAUCAUGCAGAGCGCUAUCCUGCCUCUGUUAUGCUGCCGCCUAGUUUUAUUAAAGAAUUAAAAGAAUUUGUAAAUAGUCACUUCCUUUAACCCAUCUGUAGACUAUGUUGGCCCCUUCUUUCGUAUUACUGUUACACUGUAUUGGAAAUAGGGUAUUAUUUCCAUUUAGGCUCUUUUUUCUGGACAAGUAAUAGGUGUAACUUUUAAAAAGUGCG